AUGUCCAUGCAUACAGCUCCGCUUCGCCGUGCGCAAACCGACCUUCCCACACAAACAUCGAGUCCUCUUCGCCAUGACUCGACCGCGUCAACAAAUUCGUCUAUAUACUCGCUCUCAUCCAACUCUUUUGCUCCCAGUCGCACCAGCACCGUCUCAUCAAACGCGUCUGCCGGGUCGGCAACUGGAUUUGGACACAAGCGAGGCAAAAGUGAGGUAAAUACGACAGCAAUUCAGCAAAAUAUGGGCGGAGGAGCUCCAGAAUGGGCCAAUGCAGGCGCAACGUACGAAAAUAUCCGCCGCUCGUUGCGCCCGCUCUCUCAAGCUCCCAACUCCUCUCCUCCAGCAAGCAAGAAUGCUGUUUUUCGCCACGCGAGAAGCCAGACCCUCGACAACCCUCAAUACUGGAAGGAGAACCGCCCGCGAACCCCCGAAGCCCGCUACGGCCACAACGAGGAAGCCGAGCCGCUCAAAGAAAGAGCAUCUCCCAAUGUUAUGACCCCUCCAAAACCUAGUUCACCACAUCAUGCGGCCCCGCCUGCGAGGCCGAGUGUUAGGGCAAAUCACUCCCAUAGCGUGUCUGGCACUCAUCCACCCCCGUUAACGGCCACGUUCUCAACCCCAGAGCUCGAGACAUUUCAGAAAUCAACCACCGGCCACCUUCGGGCGUUAUCAAGAUUUGCAAAGUCUGGCGAGACCGAUGAAUUCUCUCUCGACACUCACACUCCUUCAGUUGUGGGGCUUCAAGGACGACGGCGACUGAAGAGGUCUGGUUCAGUAGCCGGAAAUCAUGGCUCGCGAGCCGCCCAAAAACCAAUCGCUUCUGCUUGGGCAGCGGGAAAUUGGAUGGACAAACAGCGGCAAUUCCUACAAGCGUACGAAUACCUUUGCCAUAUUGGAGAAGCUAAGGAGUGGAUUGAAGAGGUCAUCCAACAACAAAUCCCGCCCAUUGUGCAACUCGAAGAAGCCCUGCGCGAUGGUGUUACCCUAGCAGAAAUUGUCCAGUCAAUGUACCCUAACAGGCCUUUACGAAUAUUCCGACACCCAAGGCUGCAAUACCGACACUCGGACAACAUAGCCCUGUUCUUUCGAUUCCUCGACGAAGUUGACUUACCCGAGCUUUUCAGGUUUGAGCUUAUUGAUUUGUACGAGAAAAAAAACAUCCCGAAAGUCAUACACUGCAUCCACGCUCUGUCAUGGCUCCUUUUCAAAAAGGGGAUAGUCGACUUUCGGAUGGGUAACCUUGUUGGUCAGCUGGAGUUCGAACACCACGAACUUGAGCAGACCCAGAAAGGCCUAGACAAAGCCGGUGUAAGCAUGCCGAGUUUCAGCGGCAUGGCCGCCAACUUUGGCGCUGAACCUGAACCUGAACCCGAGCCGGAGCCCGAGUCCGAGGAAGAUCGAAUAGAACGCGAACUGCACGAGAACGAAAGCUCGAUCGCCGACUUUCAGGCUCAACUUCGAGGUGCGAUUCUAAGACUGAAUCUAGGCAACCUGAUGAACGACCUCUGGGACUUUGAGCCGGUGCUCAUCGAGCUUCAAUCCAGAAUCAGAGGAGACUGGGCGAGGCAAAUUGUUCAGUACCGCAUGGAUAUGCGGAAUUUUGCUGUCAACCUCCAAGCGAUCUGCCGUGGGUUUAUCGCACGACAUCGUCUAAGGAAUACCAAGCAAACCCACAAGGCGCUCGAACAGGACAUCCUACAAUUGCAAAGCGCAAUUCGCGGCUCGAAAGCCAGAGUCCAGGCUGACUUUAUCCGCAGCCGAUUGCGGACGCAGGAGUCAGAUAUCAAGCAGAUCCAAGCUGCCGUCAGGGGUGCCCUCCAGCGUAGGGUUGUCUACGACCUCCAUGAUGAUGUCAGGGGCGCAGAAGACCAAGUUCAGCUGCUGCAGGCUGCUAUUCGAGGAGCCUUACAGAGAUCACUGGUCUCAAAGCAGUACGAAGAGACAUACUCUGUUGAGGACAAGGUUCAAGGAUUGCAAGCAGCUAUUCGGGGAGCAUUGCUUCGUCAGCGCAUGAGUUCCCAGUCGAAGGAGAUCUCGCAGACUAAAGAUAGUGCCAAUAUUAUCCAGGCGGCGAUUCGUGGAAUGCUUGUACGUCAGGAUAUUACUCAAACCCUUGCUUCCCUCGGCGAGGAGACGGAGUCUGUGAUAUCCCUCCAGGCACAUGUCCGCGCCCUAGCUGCCAGAAAGUCACAGUCACUAUUAAAGGAAUCUCUCGCUCAGAAGGAGCAGAGCUUUGUUGUUCUCCAGUCUAUGGUCCGUGGUCGUGCUGUGCGGAAGGAGCUUGCUCUUAUCCGAGAAGCGUUGACGCAGCAUGUACCCUCGUUUAUCGACAUCCAAAGCGCAGCCCGCGCUGAGGCUGUGCGAUCUUUCCUGGACUUUCAGAGAGAGGCUCUGAACAAAGAGAGCGAGUCUAUUCUGGAGCUUCAAUCAAUGGCUCGCGGUGUCAUUCUAAGGAAGCGACUAGCUGAAGACGCAGCACUGCUGCAACAAGAGGAAGCUGCUAUCACUGAUCUCCAAGCGCUCGCUAGGGCUGCUAUUUUACGCAUUUAUGUUGGUGGUAUUCUCGAACAUCUGGACGACUGUGAUGAGGAGAUCAGCGAACUGCAGGCGCAGAUCAGAGCCAUGCUCGUACGAGUCGACGUCGGUCAAACACUGGCUGAUCUGGCAGCUGAAGAAGACAUCAUUGCGGACCUUCAGUCUCAAAUCAGAGGCCACCUAGUACGGGCUAAAUUCGACGAAAAGCGACGCUACUACCAGGAGAACAUGGAGAAAGUGGUCAAAGCGCAGAGUUUCAUAAGGGGUAGGAUUCAGGGGCAAGCGUACAAGAGCCUCACGAGCGGCAAGAACCCUCCCGUUGGAACCGUUAAGGGCUUCGUACACCUUCUCAACGACAGCGAAUUCGAUUUUGACGAAGAAGUCGAAUCCGAACGGGCGAGAAAGUUGGUGGUGCAGCAGGUCCGGCAGAACGAGCUCGCUGAGCAGUAUAUCAGUCAGCUUGAUAUCAAAAUUGCUCUUCUGGUAAAGAACAAGAUUACUUUAGAUGAGGUUGUCAAGCACCAAAAGCAUUUCGGUGGCCAUGUGGGGAAUCUUCUAUCCAAUACCGAGAUUUCCUCUAAAGAUCCUUUCGACCUCAAGGCUUUGAACAAAACUUCAAGAAAGAAGCUAGAGUACUACCAAGUAUUCUUCUUCCUGCUCCAAACGCAAUCUCAGUAUCUCGCCAGGCUUUUCCGGCGCCUGCGUGAGGUGAACACCCCGGAAAAAGAGUAUGAGAGAAUACGACACUUGAUGAUGGGACUCUUUGGCUACUCUCAGAAGAGGCGCGAGGAGUACUACCUUAUCAAGUUGCUAGCUCGUUCAGCUCGAGAGGAGAUUGAGAGCUUCACUUCACUUCAGGAGUACUUGCGUUGUAACUCUUUCUGGAACAAGCUUUUUGCCUCAUAUAUCAAGUCCCCUCGCGACCGAAAGUUCAUGCGUGACGUCCUUAGCACCGCUGUGAAGGAAAACAUUGUUGAGAAUGCUGAACUGGACCUGGAAAGCGACCCCAUGCAGAUUUACCGGUCUGGCAUCAACAAUGAAGAACUCCGAACAGGAAAGCGUAGUCGACGCCGACUUGAUAUCCCGAGAGAAGAAGCUAUCCGGGAUCCCGAAACCAGAGCAACUUUCAUCCAGCACUUGCAAGAUUUAAGAGAUAUUGCCGACCAAUUUUUUGCUGCUCUGGAAGAGCUGCUUUACCGCAUGCCUUUCGGGAUCCGAUACAUCGCUAAAGAGAUGUACGAGAGUCUCCUUUCCCGCUUCUCGAAUGAAGAUCCAGGAUUCAUUCUCCAAACCGUCGGACACUGGGUGUGGAAGAAUUAUUUCCAACCGGCCAUUAUGGAACCAGAGAAGUAUGGGGUCGUCGACAGGGGAUUGACGCAGGAGCAGAAGCGGAACUUGUCGGAGAUCGCCAAAGUAAUCGCUCAAGCGGCUUCAGGAAGGCUCUUCGGUGCAGAGAAUGUGUACCUCCAGCCUCUAAACACUUAUAUUGCAGACUCGAUUCAGCGGCUUGGAAACAUCUGGGGCGACUUGAUCUCCGUCCAGGAUGCCGAGACGUACUUUGACAUUGACGAAUUUAAUGACCUUUACGCCAAAACCAAGCCAACACUGUACAUCAAGAUGUCUGAUAUCUUCUCCAUCCACCAGCUUGUGGCUUCCAAUAUUCAAGUUAUCUGCUCCAACCAAGAUGACAUCCUGAAGGAGGUGGUUCGCGACUUGGGAAAUGUCAAGUCGAAUGAAAAUGAGCUGAUGAGCGUCAAUUCUCCUGAGAUAAAUCUGACAUUGAACCCAAAGCUUGCACAGACAGAAGAUCCGGAAGCUGAUGUUAAGGCUUUGUUCAUGGAGACCAAGAGAUGUGUUCUGUACAUCAUCCGUGUGCAGUCUGGCGCCAACCUUCUAGAAAUCAUGGUAACGCCACCCACUGAAGAGGAUGAAGAGAAGUGGAUGACGCUCGUUCGCGAUGAGUUGAGUGCUCACAACACGCAGCGGAGCGCAUACUCUGAAGCCAACAGCCUAGUGGACAUUGCCUCAAUGAGCUAUUCUGAGCUGAAGAGAACAGCCCUGGAAAAUAUCUUGCAGCUUGAACGUGCAGGGAAGAUCCAUCGCAGCAACCACUACCAGGAUCUGCUCAAUGCCAUUGCUAUCGACAUCCGGACAAAGCAUCGUCGGAGGAUUCAACGUCAGCGAGAACUGGAGAGCGCCCAUAUGACGCUCACUCGUCUCAACGACCAAGCUGUCUGGUUGGAUCAGCAGCUCAAGACGUACAACGACUAUAUUGAGCAGGCAAUGGUGACGUUACAGAGCAAGAAGGGCAAAAAGAGGUUCCUUAUGCCUUUCACCAAGCAAUGGGACCACCAGCGCGAGCUUCAAAAAUCCGGCAAAGUAUUCAAGUUCGGUUCUUAUAAAUAUUCCGCCCGAAACCUGGCGGAUAAAGGCGUCCUGGUUUACUGGAAGGGCUAUACAGAGCGGCAAUGGGACCGAGUGGACCUGACGAUCUCGAGUAAUGAGGUCGGUGUCUUCACGCUCGAUGGCAGCAGCGGUCCGAUGAUGGUCCCCGGGGCCAACGCCCAGGUCCCAUUGGACGACCUCCUGCAAGCUCAGUUCAACAACAUGCAGUUCCUCGACUUCUUUGACGGACACCUGCGGGUUAACGUCAACCUUUUCCUGCAUCUGAUUAUGAGGAAAUUCUACAACGAAUGA